UUAAGAAGGCUUAUCUUGGGGCACGCACUGUCAGUCAGCCAUGGAUACGGCAGUGGAUAAGCCAGAUGGGAAAGCCACCAUUUUCAGUCAGGACAACCCACACUACGACCUGGACAUGAGACUCAACAGGGCUGAUCACUUUGAGAUUGAAAGCAGAGAUUUCAAAAAGAUGGAGAGGGAAAAACCAGGUGGAAGGAAGAAAUGUCUUGCUUUCAUAGUGACUUAUCUAAUCCUGCUGACAGCACUCAAUUCAUUCCUGCUUUACAAAGUGUUAACAUUGCAGAGUGAGCUCCACCGCAUCGCUCGCGGGUCGGCCGCAGCCGAUUGGCCGUCGUCCUCCACCAAUGAAUUCCUGCACGCGGGGACCCCCCAAAACAGCGGCAAAGACCGCCCCCCGUCGCUAAGGAACGCCAGCCUGGAGACGGCCUCCUUGCGGGAGAGCCUGGGGACCCUGGAGGCCCGGGUGGACGUCCUGUGCGGGGGGCCGGGGGGGUUGGGACAGCUGAGGGCGGAGCUGGGCGCGGUCAACGCCAGCACCGCCCUCCUGCAGAACAGACUGCUCGACCUGAACUCCAAACCAGGUCCUCCUGGUACACCUGGACCACGGGGACCAAAGGGAGACUCUGGUACUAAGGGUGUCGCAGGCUCAAAGGGUGAGCAAGGUGAUCAAGGCUUACCAGGACCCCAGGGGGUAGCAGGUGCACAAGGAGAAAAGGGAGAUCCAGGUGAACCCGGAGGGACGGGUCUGCGUGGCGCCGACGGGGAGAGAGGAGAGCCCGGGCCAAUCGGCCCGCCUGGACCAACAGGAUCCGAAGGGCCACCUGGACAGACAGGUUCAAAGGGUGACCCAGGAGAACAGGGGGCACCUGGAUACCCAGGUGCCCUAGGUGCAAAGGGAGAGACUGGCAGUACAGGCCCCCCAGGACCGAUGGGACAGGCGGGAGAGAAGGGAGACCAAGGGUUCCAGGGAAUACCAGGGCCUCCGGGAGAACCUGGCUCCACUGGACCAAGGGGCCCCAAGGGGGAAACCGGUAUGCUGAUUGUGUGUGUGUGUGUGUGUGUGUGUGCGUCUGACAGAGCUGUGAUAUGCCCAGGGGCUCCAGGCAGAGUUGGGCUGGCGGGGGUGCCAGGAAUCCCAGGGAUGAAGGGGGAGAAGGGUCUGAAGGGAGAUACAGGCCUUCAAGGGCAGAAAGGGUCACCAGGAAUCCAGGGACCUACGGGUCUAAAAGGGGACAUGGGACGGUCAGGGUCAAAAGGGGACACAGGACGUCCAGGGGCCACAGGAAGUAAAGGAGAACGGGGGGACAGGGGAGCGCAGGGGGAAAAGGGCAGCCCUGGCCCCCAGGGGCCACAGGGGGAGAAAGGAUCAGCCAUCCAGGCAGCGUCGCCGGUGGUGAGGAUAGCUGGAGGGGGGUCCCGAGGCCGGGUGGAGGUUUUCCAUGAGGGCCUGUGGGGGACAGUUUGCGACGACAGCUUUGACACCCUGGACGGGACGGUCAUCUGUCGAAUGCUGGGCUACACGCGGGCCACCAGCAUUUUCACCGCUACUGCAGGAACAGGGAGAAUCUGGUUGGAUGAACUGGGGUGUACUGGCAGGGAGAGCAGUAUCUUCCUGUGCCCACACAGUGGAAACGGGGCCCACAACUGCAACCACCAGGAAGACGCAGGCGUGACAUGCGUUUAACAGCCAAGACAGGGUUGUUAUUGCAGUCAGCCAUUUUAGUGAGUAGACUGGCUGGCUGGCUGGCUGGCUGACUGAUUGGAGACACUGGAGCCCAAGACGCUUUGAGAUAUGUUUUACUUUCAUUUGGAAGGUGUACCAGGUGUACCAUCAUAUAACUUGGUAUAUCCAAAGGCAGAAAGUGAUGCAUUUAAGAAUCAGUGUCAAGCCAUACACAAUCCCCCUACCAGCAGCAAUGCUGUAGGUAGCAGUCCUCCUCAGCUGGAUCUUUAGUACAGCACUGUUUCUGUUUAUAAAAAAAUAGCAAUGAUAUUAUAACCUUGAUAUUAUGAGCAUUACUAAUAGUAUUGUUGUCAGGAGAGCUGCGUCAUAUCUGCUUGUUGCUGUUUGACGCGCUCAAAAGUUUCUCUGGGCACUUCUCUUUGUUUCAUUUUUCACUAGGUAGUGUAAAAUCUAUAAAUACUAAACUUUUUUUUUUUUUUAAUGUAUUUUAUGUGUGACCUUGGAUUAACUGGCUGCUUUCCUUGUGUCAGCAAAAACCUGGGUUUCAUCUAAGUAUCCUGUAAGUUUUCUGAAAUAAAUAAACGCUGAAAAGUA